CUCCGAUCUAUUUACUCGCAAGCCGCGCCCAUUACGCCGUGUCCCAAACCCGUUUGUUUAUCAUUUGCACAUGACAACAGAGCGAGAGGCGCUGAACAAUGUCGACCGUAACUUGCACUGUACUCGAUAGUAGCCGGUUAGAAUUAAAUUGCAGCGGGAUCAUAUACACUGAAGCUGAGCCCAUCCUUACCUACCACGAUAAAGCGUUUUGGAUCAAUCUAGGAAUUUAUUUGGCGUUGAUAUUGAUUGCCGCUAUGAUGUCCGGACUAACCAUUGGCUACUUUUCGCUCGACAUGCUCAAUUUACUGACUUUAAGGGCUGGAGGUACACCGAAAGAACAGAAAUAUGCUAACAUUAUUAUUCCUCUAGUGAAGAGACGACAUCUUUUACUUGUUACACUAUUGCUGACAAAUUCAGCAGCGGUAGAGGCAAUGCCCAUCUUCUUGAAUUAUAUAUCUGACCCUGUAACUGCAAUUAUCACUUCAACAACUGGUGUCCUUAUCUUUGGAGAAAUCAUCCCUCAAGCAUUGUUCAGCCGUUUUGGAUUAUCAAUUGGUGCUAUUCUAAGUCCUAUCGUCUAUUUUUUAAUGGGUUUACUUUUCAUCAUAUGCUGGCCUAUUUCCAAAGUGCUUGAUUGUUUAUUUGGAACAAAAGACUACAGACUUUACCAAAGGAAGCAACUAAAAGCUUUGAUAGAUUUGCACAAAACUGCACUUACAACUUCACCUGAAGAAUCGGAAAAACCUGUCCUUAGUAAUGAUGAAGUUCUGAUUAUAAAGGGUGCUUUGGAUAUGAAAACCAAGACAGCUGAAGAUGCAAUGCUCACUCUGGAGCAUGUUGUAAUGCUCAGUGUGGAUGACUGUAUGGACUAUUCCACUAUUGCAAAGUUAUCAACAGGACACUCUAGGAUUCCCAUAUACCAGGGUUGUAAACAAAAUAUCUUGGGAAUUCUUCUGGUGAAGAAUUUAAUACUUUUGGAUCCUAAAGAUAGUAUAUCAGUCAACAAACUUAUUGACAGCUCUGCUUUUCGCUCUGUUCCUAUAGUUCCUUCCAAUACACCCCUCUUUGAUCUUUUAAACCUGUUCCAAACUGGAAAAAGUCAUUUAUGUAUUGUGAGAGAACAAAUUCCAGGUGAUGUUAUUAUCACAACAACUGCAACAAUCUCUUCCCUUGAUACAAAGAUAAUUGGGAUUAUCACUCUUGAAGAUGUUAUUGAAGAAUUAAUCCAGGAGGAGAUAGUUGAUGAAAGUGAAGUUCCUCUUGAUAUCAAUGAUAAACUUCAAGUGUCUCGAAGCAGACAGAAAUGUUAUAACAUUCAUUCCCUUUCAACACAUGCAAGUCUUCGUUCAAAAAGAAGGAGCCAGACAGAAGAAAAGGAAAAAGAAGACACAUUAUCACCUGGAAUGUUAUCAACUGAAGCAUCAGAAGCUAUUCCACAAUCUUCAACUGUACAAGACACCAAUGAUACAGAUCAUCUCCUUGACCUCUCAUAGAUGCUGUCUUUUAACAAAAGAAAAUAAUCAAGAGAAAUAUUUGACCUUCUUUGCACAUAUUGACAGUUGUUAUCAAAGUAGGAGCAUUCCAUGUCAGUUUUUACAAGUUGCUUUUUUUAAACGGUUUUGUUUUCCCAAUAUUCUGAUCUUAUAAGGAGUAAUGCUUAAUUUAUCAUUAAACUAAUAUUUUUUUAUGUUGUAAUUUUAUCAGAUAUCUAACAAUGAUCAAGUGGGUUUAAGCAAAAUCUCUCAGAUAGUCAAGUUAUUAAAUCAUCUCAAUGACAUAUUCAUUCUUGAUACAUUCCAGCAGAUUCAGACAUGAAUGUGCUAAGUGCUGUCACAUUUUGUCUUUGGUGAACAAUUUCUCCUUUCAGAUGAUUUGAAUCAAGAACAAACUCCAUACAUUGAUGUAAAACACUUUGAGACACAGCUGUGUUCUGACCUUGCUGAGUUUCUUCAGUUAAAGCUAUCUCACCUGGAUCAAUGAAUCUAAACAAGAACUGCUUAUAGAGAUCAGCAAACAAAUGACCAGUUUGGCAGAAAUCAACCUGCAUCAGUAAACAAUUUGUUUGUUGAAUUCUAUAAUGAAGAACCACAAUUCUGGUUUAGCUUCAUUAAUCCAAGGGUAGCUUUGAGUGUAGGGACAUAAACAGAUUGAAAUGUCACAGUGUCUCAAAGUCCACUCACCUUAAUGAAGUCUGUUGUGAACACAUCAUCUAAAAGUUGUUUGCUGAAGACAAAAUACAACAGUGAUUAGCAAUUCAGGUUUCAAUCAGAUGGAACACAUUAA